GACAACAACACCUGAUGUCAACAUGACAGACCGCGUUUUGAUGGUUUUACAGUCAUAAAACUACAUGACAGCUCAGUGACACACUCAUCGUGCACAUAUUCCAGCCUGUCAGCGAAACCAACCGACAAACGUUGUGAUAAACUGCAGGAAUCGACAAUGACACGCCGCUCACUAAAAAGAAACGGAGUGUUAUACCCUGCCAAAAGAAGCAUGUAGAAAUACAUUCGCCAUAAUGACGGACAACUGCUAUUGCGCAGGCCGAAACACAAUGGACUACAUGGAACAAAUGGAUGAAGAUCAGCUCAUUGAGUAUGUUAUUCAAAUGAGCCUCCACGAUACUUGCAGUCUCUCUGUUUUGAAAGAACCACUAAGCACUUUAGAAACAGCCAGUGAUGAAAACCUCAAGAUUUUAACUGCUAUAGAUCAAGGUGAUGUGUUUGCACUGAGGCAGUUGCACAAGUACAGUGAUGCCUAUAAGGAAAAAGACAGCAGAGGUUGGCUUCCGAUGCACAGAGCGUCAGUCCAGCCGGAUAUCCAUGUGUUGGAUAGCGUCCUCCUGGGAUCCUAUGAGCUGAGCAUGGAGGAGAUGACGACGGAUGGAGACACCGCUUUGACUCUGGCUUGUCAAGCAGGACAUUUGGAGAAUGUGAAGGUUCUUCUCCAACAUGGAGCAUCUCCACACAACAUGAACAGCAGGAAUGAGACUCCACUUCUCUUGGCCGUGAGGGCAAACUCCUAUGAUAUGGUUCAUGCUCUGAUAAUGGGAGGCGCCUUCGUGGAGCAGGUGUGUUUGAAGAAGUGGACAGCCACCCAUGAGGCCGCUAAGGUGGGUUGUGUGGACAUCAUGAUGUUGCUGCUGAGACACGGUGGAAAGGCAAUGGGACGGGACGGGCACGGGGUCACACCGCUGGGGAUCGCCGCAGAGUACGGCCAUCCGGAAAUACUGGCAAUCCUUAUUGAACAUGGGGGCGACGUGACCGCACAAGCUACAAAUGGAGACAGUGUGUUAUAUGACGCUGCAGGCUGUGGGAAUCUGGACUGCAUUGAUUUACUUUUACAACAUGGUGCCAGUCCUAAUGUAGCCAGUCUUUGCUCUCAACUUCCGAUUCACCGCGCAGCCUAUGAGGGGCACUACCUGGCUUUGAAGACGUUCAUUCCCAUCACCACUAAGAGGGCCAUCCGUCUGUCUGGGAUGAGUCCGGUUCAUUCUGCGGUGGACGGCGGCCACGCUGACUGUCUCGAGCUGCUCCUCGAGAAAGGCUUUGAUGUCAACCCAAUCCUGGGCUGCCAUAUUUCUGAAAACUACGGUGACAUGAGAAAGACCCCGCUGUACUUCGCCAUCUGCAAUGGAGACGUGACCUGCGCCGAGAUGCUUCUGAAAGCAGGUGCGAAGCCCGACCUGGACCCGCUGCGCUGCCUCCUGGUGGCGGUCAGAGCUGGGAAGUACGAGCUGGUGCGGCUGCUUCUCGCCUAUGGGGCGGACGUCAACUGCAUCUUCUCCGUCGUCAGUGACACCGUAUUUCCUACAGCACUGCAAUACUGCCUCAAAGAUGAAAUGAUGCUACGCCUGCUCCUUAAUAAUGGUUACCGUGCAGAAAGCUGCUUUGAGUGUUACCAUGACAGAAGUGUAACAACAUACAUUUGGGCAGAGGCUCCUAGCCAGUCGUACCAAACCAAGAGCACUACGAAUAAAAUAACCUUUUGCGAGUUUAUUAGUGUGGCAUGGAUGGCGGACUUAGCGGGGGGAGUGGUGCAGACACUCCUAGAUUACGUGAAUCACGUGCACAUCUGCUCUAAACUGCAACGCAUUCUGGAAAAACAAAAGGAUUGGCCCGAUAUCUGUGACAUCCUAAGAAGCCCUCGUCCUUUGAAACACCAGGCCAGGUUGGUUAUCAGGAGACAUAUGACACUGAGCCGACUGAAUGACCCGGAGUUCAUGAGCACUGUUCCUUUCCCACCGGCACUGAAGAACUUCCUGGUUUACAAAGAAUAUGAUGUUUAUGGUCGAAUGGAUGAACAGUAGAUCUACAUGUAUUUUAUUCCAAUUUAUUUAUAUGAGUGAAACUAUUUGUAAUUUUGUGAUAAUGUAAAGAUGUUUGUUUAUAAACAGUAUUACCACGAUAAUAUAUUUUUCAUAUGUUAAUGCUUCACAAAACACAUUAACAGCAAGUCCAGGUCACAUUUCACCUUAAAACUAAAAGAAAAAGAAUUAAAAGGAAUAAUAAUAACUGUGUUAUGCAUAUGCACCUUUUCCGAUUUUAAAGUGAAAUUUGACCUGGACAUGAUCCUGACAGGUUUCCUAAAAUGUACUCUAAAUAGUCUGUAGUGUGUAAAUAUAUAUAUGCUACAUAAAUACAUAAUUUACUCUGGAAACAGUUUGACUGGCAUUGUAUUUUUAAUGCUAAAAGACUGUAUUACUUUUUAAACCAUACCAAUUU